CAGUUGAACAUGAUAGUUAUUCUCGAUGCACCGACACGUUAAUUCCUGUGCAUGUACUUGUUUGACUUUUAGGAUGACCAUGAUACAAGUAGUAAUUAUUGAUGAACUGAUGCCCCGUGGUUGGUGAGUCAGCACGAUCUGGUCCGCGGGUUGAUGUCGAGAGUUUUCGGUCGGCAGAGCUGGUUGAUGAGGUCGAUGAUGCCCGCCAGACAGGAUGCUGGUGUCGGGAUGUUGAUUGGUAUCUCUCAGUCGGGAUGGUCGCGUCUCGGGGGGUGGUCGCUCUCCUGCACAAAAGGCUCUCGUCGGGUGGUUACUGACUUUGGUCCCUCAACGAAUGUUUCCAUCCCAGUUCCUUCAGAAUUUGGCACAUUCUCUCGUCUGAGGACCAUGCAAUUUGUUGGAACAGAGAGACCUUGGCUAAAUCUAUAUGGGAAUAGGGUCCGGCCUGUUGCUCCCUUUGGAAGUGUCAGCAGUACACCUUUCACUGAUCCUUCUCUGAUACAUCGAUGUUUGCCAGAUGAGUUGCUCUUGGAGGUUUUCUCAAGAAUGAAUCCCUACACUUUAGGGAGGGCGGCCUGCGUUUGUCGCAAAUGGAGGUACGCUAUUCGGAAUCCCAACUUGUGGCGCAAUGCAUGCCUGAAAAUUUGGCAGGCUUCUGGAGUGGAGACAAACUACAGAAUUGUCCAGUCUCUCUAUGAUGGUUCUUGGAGGAAAAUGUGGGUCUGGAGACCAAGGAUUCGAAAUGAUGGUCUCUACGUUAGCCGGAAUACCUACAUUCGUACAGGGGUUGCAGAGUGGAAAGUUACAAAUCCUGUCCAUGUGGUUUGUUACUACCGUUACUUGAGAUUUUAUCCAAGUGGGAAGUUCCUCUACAAGAUCUCUUCACAAAAAGUUAAAGACGUGGUUAAAUGCAUGAAUCGUGCAUCUAAAGCUGACUGUGUCUUCAAAGGUGACUAUAUCUUAACUGAAGAUCAGGUAGAAACUGCUCUCUUAUACCCAGGCUUGCGUUAUACUUUGCUGAGAAUGCGACUUAGGCUCAGAGGUACAACUCUAGGGGCAAACAAUCGGCUAGAUGUCUUGAAGCUCGUUACAACUGGUGUAAAUGAAAGUGAAGUAAGAAACCAUGGAGAUGACAUGCUUGGAAUCGUGGAAGGUUGGGAAGAGGAUGAGACACAUGAUCCAGAUGUGCCUGCUAUAUCCCACGGAAGGGGUUUGACACCGUUUGUGUUUGUUUCAUUUGAAGAGGCUGAAACGUCGGUGUUGAAUCUUCCUGUGGACAAGAUGGAUUACUUCGUACCUGGCUAGCAUUCAGAUACUGCUAUGUGCAUACUACUACUACAUAUUGCCUUUUGCUAUUCAUCAUUUGUGGUUUCCAUGUUGUUGGUCCUUUUUGUUUGUAAGUCAGCCUCUACUCCAUAACAUUGGAUUACUAUUUCCUUGGAUUGAUUAGGCUGCUUUUAACUUUGGGUGAUGGACUUUUGUUGGAGACAGUAAUAUGAUGAAUAGAAAUAUGUUGUAAAUAGGUUGUAGUCACAACUAUCGACUUGUUGCCUUUACAAUCUCUCCUGCGCAUGCUCUUUCUCCAGCUAUAAGAUCACUGUAAGUUGGCUUC